AUGGACAAUUACGACGAGAUGAUGGUGCAGCUGUUCACGGAGGAGCAGAAUGCUCAGGCUCCUUUCUUCGUCGUGCCUCGGCGCGGCGGCUCAAAGCCAGGCAAGAGGAGGAACAUCAACCGGCAUCGUGAAGCCGGCGCAAUGCUGCUUGACGCCGACUACUUCAACGACGACGCGACUCAUUCGCCGAAGGAAUUUCGGCGCCGAUUUAGGAUGAACAAGGACCUGUUCUUCAAGAUUGUCCACGGCGUCAGGGAGUACGACACGUACUUCAUGGCCAAGAAAGAUUGCACAGGUUUGUGGGGCUUCACCUCAAUUCAGAAGUGCACUGCUGCAAUGCGUUGUCUUGCAUACGGAGCUCCUCCAGAUACAACCAAUGACUACCUACGAAUGGUAGAGUCGACAUGCACAUAG